UACAAAAACCAAAAAAAGAAAAAGAAAAGAGAAAUGCAGCAAUGAAACAAAUCUCUUAAUUCUUCCAUAUGAUUAAUUGCUCUUCUUUUCCCUAAGAUUUUUGGAAAUUCUUUUGUGCAUCAUAUAAAAUUCAAUUUCAUUGUUGAAAUUUAUAUGGAUUGAUAUAUAAAACCAACAUUUUUGGAAGAGGUAUUGAACCUUCCAUAAUUGAACAAAAAAAAUGUCUUGCUGUGGAGGUAGAGAAGAAGACGUUUACAGCGGCGGUCCGCCGUCUAACCAAAAUACAGUCCCUCCUAGAGCUGGAAAUCCCUACGCUGGUGGUGCUAGUGAUAGAGCAGAGCCAAGGGGUGGUACAAGAAAUGGAACUCCACAGAAAGUUUUACCAAUCGAAAUACCGGUUUUACCCUUGGACGAGCUAAAUAAACUGACCGGAAACUUUGGUCAGAAGGCUUUGAUCGGAGAGGGAUCAUAUGGACGCGUAUUUUUUGCUAAAUUAAGCAAUGGACAGGAAGCAGCAAUCAAAAAGUUGGAUACUAGUUCUUCACCAGAACCAGAUUCCGACUUUACAGCACAGUUAUCAAUGGUUUCAAGGCUUAAGCAUGAGCAUUUUGUGAAUCUUAUGGGGUAUUGUUUAGAAGCAAACAAUAGAAUCUUGAUAUAUGAAUUUGCAGCUAUGGGAUCUCUACAUGAUGUAUUACAUGGUAGAAAAGGUGUCCAAGGCGCGGAGCCUGGUCCAGUUCUUACCUGGAAUCAGAGAGUUAAAGUUGCUUUUGGUGCAGCAAAAGGCCUCGAAUACUUGCAUGAAAAAAUUCAGCCAGCUAUUGUUCAUCGCGAUGUCAGAUCCAGCAAUGUACUUCUCUUUGAUGAUUUUACAGCUAAGGUUGCUGAUUUCAACUUGACAAACCAGACUUCCGAUACAGCAGCUCGUCUUCAUUCCACUAGAGUUUUGGGGACAUUUGGCUAUCAUGCUCCAGAGUAUGCAAUGACAGGACAGAUAACACAGAAAAGCGAUGUCUAUAGUUUUGGAGUCGUUCUUUUGGAACUCCUGACGGGAAGAAAGCCAGUAGAUCAUACAAUGCCCAAAGGACAACAGAGUCUUGUCACCUGGGCAACUCCAAGAUUGAGUGAAGACAAAGUGAAGCAAUGUGUCGAUCCAAAGCUAAACAAUGACUAUCCAGCAAAAGCAAUUGCUAAGAUGGCAGCUGUUGCAGCACUGUGUGUACAAUAUGAGGCAGAUUUUCGACCAAAUAUGACGAUAGUCGUCAAGGCACUGCAACCACUUCUCACUGCAAAACCAGCAGGACCUGAGUCUAAUACAUAAGCAAUACAAAAAUUAUACUUUGGAGUAUCAACCAGGCCACUUAAAUUGUAAAAGAAGCACUAAGGUUAUGCACUCUGAAUCAAAUCUGCUUCAACAGAUGGAAGAAUUGCAUGAGUUUUUUGUUGUAUAAACUUACUCCAAUACUGGAUUAUUUGUGAUAUGUGGCUAUGAAUACCAAUGAUUUUACAUGUUGGAAGUUUACA